UGUGAUUUAGCGAUGUAGCCGCAGAGUCAACGACUACGUCUUAAUGAAGACCGUCAAUGAUAAACAUGGGAGUUGCUGCUUAGCUAACCUGAAGCAGAGACAUGGACGGGACAAGACAGGACAAAGGCUGUAGGAGAUGAAGCUGCCAGGUCGCAGGAAGAGAACGACCCUAGAGGAGAUUCAUGGAUGUAGUAAAGGAGAAGGAGAGUCGGAGACCGAUGAUCUGACCGUGGAGGAAGGCUAAGAAGCUGGAUUUUCUUUUUUCCCAAGCAGCAAAUUAAAAAAAAAGAAAGGUGGCAGCAGAUGGUCAUCAAACUAAAAAAGGAGCGUCUCAGAGCUGUUAAAGAAGAUGUUCGUGUGUGUCUUUCUUCAAUUCCUGUCACUGGGUUUUGGCUCCACAUAAGUCAAAUAUACAUCAGAUGAUUCAGCUCGUACUGACGUGAAGCUGAGCUGGCCAAAGGUCUCUCCCUCGGAGGAGAGUGUAACAGAAAGGUGGGGAGCAGAUGGCGGGGAGACAGAGGAGCGAGAGGAAAGGGAGGAACACACAGUAGGUCAAAAUGAGGAGCCUGAAGAGCUGGACUGUGGAAUAAACUGACAACAACAGACAGUCAACAUGGACUGACAACGACGGUUGUUUCACUUCAGGGCCUUUCAAGAAUUCUAACCAUGGUGACCCAGCAGCAGCAGCAGCAGCAGCAGAACCUCUGACCCACGUCCACGUCUCCGCUGUCUCUCCGGUGACAUCGUCCCGUCUUGACAGAUGACAUGGAUAAUUGUGGGCGACGCAGCAGCAGCAGCACUGGCACACACAGGAGGAUCAACUUUAUCACCUCUGCAGGGAAAUUCUGCUGGUCACCUGCAAUAAAAAGGACGGACGAAGGCUGGAGGGACGGGGGUGAGGACGAUGAUGACGGCAGAACGAAGAGUUGCUGUUCAAACCUUUCUCUUGGCCUGGACUGAGGCUGCUCUGAAUCAUGGAGCGUUUGUGAUAAAGGUGCCAACGAGUGAGCGUGGACGCAUGUUAAAAACCAGUCCACUGGAAGGUCCAGACCUUUCCGACGUCUCACCAGAUUCUUCUACAUAACAUCCCAACCACCUGCAGGUCGAACACUCGUCUCACAGGAGACCCAGGUGUAGGAGGACGCCUAAUGAAAAUGACAGAAUUGCCCCAGAAUUUUUUUUUUUUUACCUGCACAAGCUGAUGAAAAAUCAAUCGCAGCUGUGAGCUGAGAAGAAAAACCAGGAAGAAAAACAAGUCGGUUCAAACGGAAAAAUCCAAUAUUGAUCCAAACUCUGUCUGGAUUAUUGGACUUUGGAGAAACAAAGUGGUUCUGAGGACAGGAAGUUCUCCAGCGGCUGACCCCUCUGGGUCAAAGGGCACAGUGAGACCAGGUUGUUAAGGUGAUGCCGAAGUCUGACAAGCAUAACUGAGAGCUGAACCUGAAAGAAAAAAGAGAACGAAGGGCUGCCAUGCACUUGAUCAAACUCAGAACUGUGUAGAGCGGCAGUUCAGACAGCCGUCGGAUGUGGACCAAAGGGAACCGCUGCUGCAUGGAGUUUAGGAUGUUCUCCGACAGAAGUCAGAGAAGCUAAAAAAGUUGAGUGUGGAGUUACCGUUCGUGGACCUGCUCUGUAAGACAUGGAGGGAUACUAGUUUGGAUCAGGCAACAGCCGUCUGCCUCCUGUUACCGUGUGGAGUACCAGGCACCAGUAGCCGGACCGCGCUGCUGGACAGAACACCUGUGGGGCGGAGUGGAAUUGAGCUGCUUCAGCUGAACCGAUGCCAAGGCCCAGCGUCAGGCGUGAUGUUUUUGUAACCUGAUGACCGGCAGAGAGAUGGUGAGGAAGAAGAAUCCCCCUAUCCGCAGUGUAGGAGGUGAGGAGGAGGAGGAAGAAGAGGGGAGGAGGCCAGCAGGAGAAGAAGAAGAAGAGGAGGGAGAGGAAGAGGGCAGAGUCGGAGCAGAGGCCGAGCGAAUAAACAGACCCUCUGAACCCGAGUCCUCCGAGCGGGUCAAAGGAGACGAAGAUGCUGAGGAAGAGGAGGGAGAAAGUGAGUGCGUGUCCUCUUCUGUCUCGCCCUCCUCGGUCAGCGAUCGCUUCAUUAGCGAGGAGCGAGGGGGAAGGAGAGGAGGAGGAGGAGGAGGAGGAGGGGGGAGGCCCAAACAGGGAGAAGUGGUGUUGACCGAUAGACCUGAGAGCCAAUCAGAACCUGAGGAUGGGGAGAAGGUGUUAGAGGAGAGAGAGGGGAGCGAUGGAGUCACUCCUCCUCCCUCCGCCGCUCCUCACCUGGUCCCCAGACAGGAAGGAGGGGAGGAGUCGACCACAGACACCCCUCCGCUCUCCUGCAGCCCCUCACCCAAACUCCAGGACUUCAAGUGUAACGAGUGCGGCUACGGCUACUAUGGCAACGACCCCGCUGACCUGGUGAAGCACUUUAGGAAGUAUCACCUGGGUCUGCACAACCGAACACGGCAGGACGCUGCCCUCGACACACACAUCCUGGCCCUGCACAACAUGGCCCCCCAACACACACCUCUAGACAUACAGACGGCGGCAGGACAGAGGAAUCAAGCCAAAGAGCUGGUGAAGACCAGGCCAGAUUUACACAGUCAGCAGCACAGGGCAGUUAUGAUGAACGGCACAUACGACGUACAGGUAACUUUGGGAGGAACUUUAAUUGGGAUCGGCCGGAAGACCUCUGACUGUCAGGGGAACACUAAGUACUUUCGCUGCAAAUUCUGCAACUUCACAUACAUGGGCAGCAACUCUUUAGAACUUGAACAGCACUUCCUGUCCUUACAUCCGAACAAAGUCAAAUCUCCGCCCAUCGGCCCCCUCCUGAACACCAACAACUCAGCAAAGCACGAAAACCAGGCAAUGGGAAGGAGUCACGUCUUUGACGGGGUAGAACGAGUGGCGGUGAGAGCGGAAGACGACUCCUUGAUCGGAUACUCCAUCCCGAUCAGAUCGUCUCCGGAUCCGUCGGGCUGGACCGCAGAUCCGGCGCCGGGUGCUGUGCAGGCCUACUAUUGCUGUAAAUUCUGCAGCUGGAGUUGUGAGUGGUCAGGGGGGUCGGUGAAGCUUUUGGAGCACUAUGAGCAAAGACACAGAAUGAGCAUAGGGGGCGCUAUGAGUCCCACGAUGAGCCCCAUCAACGCUAGACCUGUGGCGUUGGACAGAGAGAGGAAAAGAGGAGGCAGACGAGACGGAAGCGAAAGAGAUCACAUGACUUCCAAGAGCCGCAAGGAUCCAUCAUCAAACCCUUCCAGCACCAGCCAAGGUGAUCCAAACAGCAGCGACCCAGAGGCAGUUGUGACCAGCUACAACUGCCAGCUGUGUGAUUUCCGCUACUCCAUGGCCCACAGUGCCGACGUGAUCGUGGUGGCGCCGCUGCUGCUUCACUAUCAGCACAACCACUCCAUCCACAGAUGCUGCAUCCAGCACUGCAUCUACUGUCCACAGGGGCUGUGUCAGCCACAGAAACACUUGGGGGAGGUUUCCCACCCUUUUGCCUGUCGGAAACCCACCUGUUCCAAAUGCUGUUCGAAGUUCUCCCAAACCACCAAGCAGCCGGACACAGCUGCUCUGAAACCGGCCUCCUCCUCCUCCACCUCCACCUCACCCAGUAUGACUCCUCCAAAUCCCAGAGGUGACCCAGGCGUCACUCACUUGUGUGACCAGUGUGCGUUUGCCACCACCGACAUCGACGUGUUGCUGCAACACUACGAAGCCUGCCACACCCUCAUCAACCUAAAGGGGGCGCACCAACAUGUUAAGGCUGAGGAGGACGUUGGGACCAAUAAGGAGGGCAGUAAUAAAGGAGGAGCAGGAGGCGAGAGGGAGUUCUCAUGUACCAAGUGUCAUUUCAUCACCGAAGUGGAAGAAGAGAUCUUCAGACACUACAGACGUGUCCACGCAUGCUACCGCUGUCGCCGCUGUGAUUUCACAGCUCCUGACUCAUCCGCCCUCCUCGACCAUUUUAACUCCGUCCACUGUCAUGACUCCUCUCCCUCAUUAGGCCCGUUGACAACAACCUCCUUACCCACCGCCCUGUCAACCUCACUGACACCUUCAUUAACGCUGUCAGCCAAUGGCUGCUCAGCUCCCUCCACAUUAGCCAUUAAAGAAGAGAGCAAGGGAGACCUUCGCCUCCUCUACUCCCUCGCACCGCCUGAGGGACGCUUGGCAGAAGGCGGCAGAGACGAGGCGGGAGGAGUUGUGAAAAGUGAGGGAGUCGAGGAGAGAGAAAGAGAGCGGGAGAAAGCCUGGGUGCUGAGGGAGACGAGGGGGAUGGGUGAGAGAGGAGGUGAGCAGGCCCACGGUUUACUCUGGGUGCCCAAAGAGCGAAUGGUCCCCGAGAGAGGAGUGGACAGAACGGGAGGUGGGAGCCCCUCACUCUUUUCGUCCCCUAUCCCUCUGUCCUUUGUUUCUGCCAAUCACGAGGCCUCCCAGCAGAAAAGAGGGGUCGCGUCUCCAGGCAUGGUUUACCUGGGAGACACCAAGACAUUUCUGGGAGACACCAAGUCGUUCCUUGGAGACAAACUUUAUGGAGGAGGGAGGCCUGCGGCGGGAGGUGGGGGAGGAGGAGGCGCUGCAGGUGGAGUGGAGAAGCAGAGCCCCAUGACCCCUCAGCAGUACACAGGAAGUGGAGGAGGAGGAAACGGUGGAGGGCAAGAGGGGAAAGGAGGAGCUGCUAAGGAGGAGUCUCAGUCUUUGCUACGGCGGCGCAGAGGUAGCGGCGUCUUCUGUGCAAACUGCCUGACCACCAAGACUUCCCUGUGGAGGAAGAAUGCUAACGGAGGCUACGUCUGCAAUGCAUGUGGUUUAUACCAAAAACUACAUUCGACUCCCAGACCUCUAAACAUCAUCAAGCAAAACAACGGUGAACAAAUUAUCCGCAGGCGAACGAGAAAACGCCUCAAUCCCGAUUCGCUGUCGUCUGAAAACCCCACGCCCAAGCAGCAGCGAAUCACCGGCGAGGAGCGCAUGAAUGGGGAGGAGUCAGAUCGAAGCUGCGUCUCCAUGAAGAACCAGCAGCCCUCCCCCCGAUCCCGCUCCCCUCGAUCCACCCAGGCCUUCCUGGCCAAUCAAACCCUGGAGAUCCACAGACGAAUGCCUCCUCUUCUUCUUCCCUCACAUGCCCCCUCCUCAUUGACACCAGAGGGCAACGGAGGCAUCGCCGACGGAGGCGUGACAUCAAAACUAGAUGGAAGCAAAGGUGGAGGUGGAUCAGAGAGAGGAAGUCCCAUAGAAAAAUACAUGCGUCCGUCCAAACCGUCCAGUUACUCUCCUCCAGGUUCUCCGAUUGAAAAAUAUCAGUAUCCUCUGUUUUCAUUACCUUUACCGUUGACCAUCUCCCCUGAUUUGACCCCAGAGUCAGACUGGCUCCGGUUCUGGACCAAGUACAAGAUGGCAGCCGCCUCUGGGGUUCCUGGUAGCAUCAGUAACCUCAGCAGUCCUGUCAGCCUCGCAAAUAACGCCCACUAUCUCAGUGCGAUGGUGACCUCGGUACAGCAUCAUCAGCCGAGCUACACGGUGCCUUAUUGUGCCUCUCCGUAUUCUCCUCUGCCUCCUCCUCCGGCUCCUCCACAUUACCCUCCUCCUCCGCUUCAUUCACACACACCGCCGUCGUCAUCGUCGUCGUUAUCGUUAGAAAAUGAAGCUCCUUUGGAUCUGGCAAUAAGACAGAGAGAUACCAAUGCUGCGAGCAUGCACGUGUCGACAAACGGUGCCGAGAGGAGAAAGAAGGAGUUAGCCGAGAGGCCGCAGGAGAACUGGAUCGGGAGUGAGAAGGAGGAGGUGAAGUCGGGUGAAGGAGUGAAGCAAAUGGAGAUUGGAAAGGAGGAGCAGGAUCAUUCGACGGAAAAGCAGCCGACUCGCGAAACGGUAGACGCGUCCACGCAGGACGACCUGACCAACCGCUGCGUCCACUGUGGGAUCUACUUCCUGGACGAGGUCAUGUACGCUCUGCACAUGAGCUGCCACGGCGAGCAGGGGCCGUACCAGUGCAGCUUCUGCCUUCACGUGUGCGUGGACCGCUACGACUUCACCACCCACAUACAGAGGGGCUUACACCGGUACGCAGACAAGACGCCACCGCUCAAGGGUCAGCCCAACGAAACGCCGUCAGGACCUCGGAGCGUCACUCCAGACCAAAAGAGAAAUGGCGACGACCUCGAUGCCAUCACGUGUGAAAGCAACGGCAGCACGGGGGGGUGUAAUGAGAACAAGGCAAAACAUGACACAGGAGCUGAUGAAGAUGAAGUAGCAGAGACUUGUGACCUCACCAACAAGGAACUAGGAGGCACGCCGGUGUUAGACCACAGCUCUGACAAAAUCACAAGAACCAGCGAUGCUGGCGCUGAAGACUUGGAAGAGAAGGUCGAGCAUAAUUGACAUGAAGCAUUUGACUCUAGCAUUUUUUUUUUUUUUUUUUACGUUUGGCGUUGAAAUAAAUAAAUAAGCUGUAUGCCAACGUGUUCCUGGAGGCUAGCUCAUGUCCACAUGGGUCUAACCUGGGCACUAAACGGAACACAUUCAUAUGCUGGACAUGCAAAAUGGUAAAGAAAAAAAAACAAACAAAAAGAUUGUUGGAUCCCAGUGAACUGCUGCAGCGGACAGUUUUACUGCAGGAGUGGUUCGAAGCCUUUUGUGGAGUAAAAGUCACUCGACAGCUUGUAGCAAGUGUUAAUCAGUGGAGUCCUGGCAUCGCAGCUGAAAUUAACAGCCACUCUCCACAUAAGAGGAUUGAACUGAAACUUAGACUGUCCCUCAUUUGGAAUGAGAUUGAGCAGCUCAGCACUUGCACAUUCACCGUACACCGAACAAAAAAAAGGAAAGGAAAAGUCAAAACAAAACACUUGGGCUCAACGGACCUGCGGUCGUCUACAGAUACACACCCGUUUGUUUAUUUCGUUUGUCUUUCGUUUUCGGUACAACAUGAUCUGACCCGGUCGUGUCUUCAUCAUCCUGGUCCAAACAGCCUCGACGCUGCGCAAAUGGAUUAAAAAAAAAAACAAAUUUCUGUGGGUGAUAGUUGGUGACCGGUACAAGAAGAUCAGUGUGUUCUUUCACUCCUGCUGUUACUCUGAGACUCAGUGGUUUGGAUUGAUGCAGGUUCACCACAGCUGCAGAAUGGUGUGGACGCAGCAGGUUGGGUUUCACUUCCUCCUGACUUUUUCCUCUUGUUUGCUCUUUGAACCAGUUUGUAACUGGUUUUAAACUGGUGUUAAACCAGACCGAAGUGUUCUCAAAACCAAGUGACGUUAUUUUCUACCUUCCUUCGUGCCAUCAAACUAGCUACGUGCCUGGCUGCCUGCCUAAUAGAACGACUAUUAUCUAUUAAUCUGCUUAACAUUUAUAUUAAUAAUAAUAAAAGUAAUAUUGAUGAUGAUGAUGUUUUAGUUCAAAACAUGCAACUUGCUACACUUUCUUAUAAAGUAUGUUAUUUUGUAAAGGAAAACAAUGCUUCUCCUGCAGGAAUCGGUACUAUCAACUUUAGUCUGGUUACAUGUUUUGUUUUAAUCUCAUUUUUGAUCUUUAUGUCGUUUUUAAAGAGAUCUGUCACAUCGAUGACAGCUGUCUAAAAUAAGGUA